CAUUGCGACCGGACGAGCAGGACGAGCGACAGUGCCGACAGUCGAAAUUCAGUAACAUUUUGGUACUGUUAAAAGAAGGUUGAGGAAAGUUAGCUCUUCGGUGGUUUCCGCCGAGAUUUGUAGUUCUGUUUCCGAUUAAUUAAAGAGUUUUUUUUGCACAAAAUGGCCUGUUCCAAGACGAUUCAAGGCUCAGCUGUUUUGUUUAGGAGUUCGGGUGUUUUGAACAGUUGCAUCAGCCAACGGGCAAGCUCAUGGUGGGGUGCCGUGCAGAUGGGUCCGCCGGACGUGAUCCUCGGCGUGACCGAAGCGUACAAAAAAGAUACCAAUCCGAAGAAGAUCAACCUCGGCGUGGGCGCCUACCGUGAUGACAGCGGAAAACCUUUUGUGCUGCCCAGUGUCCGCAAGGCCGAACAACGCAUGAUGGACAAACAGCUGGACAAAGAGUACUCGCCCAUCAGUGGAACGGCAGACUUCUGCAAGCACAGUAUUACGCUUGCCCUGGGAGACGACAAUCAACAGGUGGCCAACGGACAGAAUGCCACCGUACAGGCCAUCAGUGGAACCGGUGCUUUGCGCAUUGGAGGAGCCUUCCUGAGUGGGUUCUUUCCGGGAACGAAGGACAUCUAUCUGCCAACUCCAUCUUGGGGCAACCAUGGGCCUAUCUUCCGCCACUCGGGGCUGAACGUAAAAGCCUACCGUUACUACGACCCGAGUACGUGCGGAUUCGAUUUCAAGGGGGCGCUAGAGGAUCUGUCGAAAAUUCCAGAGCGAUCCAUUGUUCUAUUGCACGCUUGUGCCCACAACCCGACCGGUGUCGACCCCAAACCGGAACAAUGGGCGGAGAUAUCCGCCGUGGUCAAAAAACGCAAUCUCUUCCCCUUCUUCGAUAUGGCUUACCAGGGCUUCGCCAGCGGCGAUGUCGCUAAGGAUGCCUUCGCCGUACGUGCCUUCCUGAAGGACGGCCAUCAAAUUGCGCUGGCCCAGAGCUACGCCAAGAACAUGGGCUUGUACGGUGAGCGAGCGGGAGCGUUCUCGUUGAUCUGCGCCGACAAAGACGAAGCCGCCCGCACCAUGUCGCAGAUCAAGAUUUUGAUCCGUCCGAUGUAUUCCAAUCCGCCGAUCAAUGGCGCCCGGCUGGUUUCGGAAAUCUUGGGCGAUGCCAGCCUGAAGAAGGAAUGGCUCGGCGAUGUCAAACUGAUGGCCGAUCGGAUCAUUUCGGUACGCUCGAAACUGCAGGACAAUCUAAAGAAGCUUGGCUCUUCCCGCAGCUGGCAACAUAUCACCGACCAGAUCGGCAUGUUCUGCUUCACCGGAAUGGACCAGAAGCAGUGCGAACAAUUAACAAAGGAGUUUAGCGUGUAUUUAACGAAGGAUGGUCGUAUUUCGAUGGCGGGUGUAACGACGAAGAAUGUCGACUAUCUGGCCGAGGCCAUCCACGCCGUGACCAAGUAAAUGUUAGGAAUAACUAAAAAUCUUUUCACUUUAAGGUCCCUCCUCAUUGUUGAACAGCUAGGAAGGGAUCCAUUUAGAUGGAGGCAUUUAAAACCAAAUUUCAAUCAAAGUCUGUGGCAGAGCUUUUCUUUUUUGUUUUCAAUAAUAAUUAAGCCGUACAUUGUAUUUAUAUUUACUAUGAUUAGAGUGCACGAACACGAUAAAAAUAUUCUCAAAAAGUUGCUAGAAAUAUACAUCA